AGAGAGAGUAUCGGUAUGUGGUACAAAUCGUACAAAAGACGUGUCCAGAAGUGAUGAGGAUAACUUUUAAGAAAGUUAUCAAGACUUCGAUACUUUUGAUUGUUGUAUGUGUGUUUUCUGUGCUAUUUUGCUGGGAUAAAACGACACCAGCGGAAAGUUUGCAAACUUUGCAAGAUGGACAUGGCGCCGAUGGGCCACUUGUUGAAUCGCUCCGGGGUGACAUAGAGGGGUCCGAAGACGAGAUUCGCCGAAAUCAGAGAAGUGCCAAAUCCUUUAGUCCCGACGCAGAUUUAAUUAUUCCAAUAGGUGAUCCUCAAAUACAAGAUGAUAGGAUAAAUUUUAAAGAUUUUCCAAAUAAGUCCAAGAAAAAAAGUGACAAUGAGGCCACAGAGCUUGACGAUAUUUUUAUUUCUAUAAAAACCACUUCAUCAUUCCAUGAAUCGAGGAUGCAGCUUCUACUUGACACAUGGAUCUCAAAGUGCAGGAAACAGACUUAUAUUUUCACCGAUGCCUCUGACUUUAGUCUCAUAGAAAAAAUGCCAGAUGGACAUGUGAUUAAUACAAAUUGUCCAGAAAGUCAUUACAGGAAAUCCUUAUGCUGUAAAAUGUCCAAAGAAUUAGACUUUUUCAUAGAUUCCAAUAAAAGGUGGUUCUGCCAUGUCGAUGAUGACAACUACCUUAACACUGACCAGCUUCUGCAGCUCCUACAGAAGUACAACCACACAGAGAACUGGUACCUGGGGAAGCCCAGUCUCAGUCACCCUCUGGAAAUACAGAGCAGAAGUAGAGAAGGGCAAAAGGUAGCCUUCUGGUUUGCCACUGGUGGGGCUGGAUUUUGUAUCAGCAAGGCUCUGGGUAUAGCCAUGGUGCCAGAAGCAGGUGGUGGAAAACUAAUCAAAGUUGGGGAUUCCAUUCGAUUACCAGAUGAUUGCACAAUAGGAUACAUUAUAAAUCACAUAUUAAAAGUGGACCUCACAAGAGUGGACUUGUUUCAUUCUCAUUUAGAAUCACAGUUUAGAAUCCAGGAUCCAAGGAAACAUAUAACCCUGAGUUACAAUGAACAGAAUGUGGCCAGUGUUCCAGGGUUUAGUCUGAAGGACGAUCCUACAAGUGACCCCGAAGAGGGAGAUAUGAAAUCAAUAUGGGCAGUGUCCACUCCAACGCUAUGUGUAAGUGACGAUCGUUUACUAACUCAGAAAAUGAAGUGCAAAGUCCACCCCGACCAAGACAGCGGAGUGCUGUGCUGUCAACAGUGCGAGAUGGCAGUAUGUAUGAAGUGCAUCAGCACCGAGAAACACCACGGCCAUUCCUUUGUGGCGGCAAGUGAAAUGGUGGUGUCCAUGAGAGAUAAGUGCCACGAGGAGAUUGCUAAAAUCAAGGACACCAUCAUUCCAAACUGUCGUCUGGUGGUCCAAGAACUUGGUAAAAACCAAGACACCAGUAAGCAUCUUUUGUCGCAGGUCAGAACAACCAUGACGUCUAAAAUCAGGAAGAUGAAGGAUAUUUUGGACGACAUUUUGUCUAAUAAUAUGAAGGAACUGACGGAUAUUGAACACGUUUUGAUGCACGAGUACCAGGAUGAGGUUCACAAGAUGAACGAACACCUUGCUCAACUACAAGAGGUGUUGGACGAGUUUGAAAAGAAAGGACAGCACAUGGAGUCCGGUGAUUUGAUGGGUAUAUAUAACAGGAUCCAGAAAUUGAAAGAAAUCCCCAGCCUGAAGCUCCACCACGACCACCCAACAUUCCAGGAAGGAUCCGGGCAAAUGGACGCCGAAACCUUGGAGGCGUUGUUUGGAAAAUUAACCGUUCCCAAGUAUCUAAAAAAUUCCAUACAGAAAACUCACCCAAAGAAACCCAAACUGGUUAUGAGAAUCCAGAAAGUGAAAGCCAUUCACGUUCCAGAUAUCGAUAGGUGCCGCCAUAUUUCCUGCAUGAAAUCUAACAAAACCUGGGUGGGCGAUGAGUUGGGCAAUCUGGUGGAAAUCGACCCGAAGGGUAACGAGCUCCAUAAAAUAAAAACCCACCAUUUCAGGCAGCAGCCGACAGGUUUCCACGCGGUGACCCUGGAAGACGAGCUGCUGUUUAUCGACCAGUAUGAUGACAGCAUUUCCAAACUACUCUCAGGGAGGAAGAAGAAGACUUUGAUAAAAUUCAAGGAAUGGACACCGAUCAGUAUUCACGUCUCUCACUCCACGGAUGACCUGUUGGUAGGAAUGAUGGACGACACACAGCAGAGAGCCAAGGUGGUGCGGUACGACGCCUCGGGGAAGGAACUGAAGACGUACGAAUUCCACGAAGACAGCAAGAAGCGACUGUACAGCCGACCACAUUAUCUUUCUGAGAACAUCAACGGCGACAUCGUGGUGUCCGACUGGGAGAAACAAGUGGUGGUGGCCGUAGGUAUAACCGGGAACCACCGCUUUGACUACGACGCAGAGGGAGGCCACCCACCGGGAACCAUUUUUGAACCCAGUGGUAUCUGCACCGAUGUCUUGGGAAACAUCCUGGUAUGCGACAACAAUGACCACACGGAUGAUAGCGUCCACAUGCUGGACAAAGACGGAAGAUUCCUCUGUCUUCUUCUGCGCCUUCCAUCUUCCAGCUUAGAGAGAAGGAUUCGAGCCCUAGGAGUAGAUGAUAGCUGUAAUCUGUGGAUCGGGGAUGUUGAUACAAACGAGAUCAGGGUUUACAAGUACCUGGAAUAAACAGAUGUAGCAUUGACACUGGUCACAAAGAGGAAGCAAAACAAACUUUUAUUACUCAGUAUUUUUUUUUUUACGACCGUCUUUGGCCAAAUUGUCUUAAUUUGAAUAUUUUUCUGGAGUUGCUAGAAUUUUUGUUUUGAUUUUCAAUGUUUUAUCAAUUUUUAGAGUUACGCAUAAACUAUUUUUUACCAAUAUUUGUUCGAUAAAUGCAAACUGAUGGAUAUUAUUAAACUUGUGUAGCUGAGUAGAUGUACUCUUAAAGUGUA